AUGAGCACAAAUAAUAACACCAUUAGAAUUGACCCUUCAAAGGUCAAACCUCAAGCUCAACCAGGAUGGACUUCAACAAAGAAUAGAGUUAUUGAAUCUGAAGCAAAGAACCUUGCAACUGGGGAACGGGAAGUACUCAAACAGUGGCAUCAAACAAAAGAAUAUAAAUGCCCAAUUUCCGGUAAGACUGCAAGAAGCGGUAGUCAAUUGCUAACUGCAAUCAACCGAGCUAGAAGAGCAAAUGAUCCACAAACUGUAAUUCAUUGUCACCACAUCAACAGUAAGAAACAUAACCCUGAAUUGAAGCAUGAUCCUAGAAAUCUGUUACUCGUUAAUGAAAAGAACCACAGAGAAGCCAAACAGGCACACCGUGGUGGUUCAACCCAGCGCGAGGUCAAUGGUCGAUUGAUUGAUAGAGAAGCUUCAAUUGCCAUUCGAUUGAGGGAUGGUCAAAAAAAAAAUCCUGAAUCUCAACAAAGACGUGCCAAUAUAGAACAAAGAGGAAAGGAAGUGCGCGAGAAAUUCGAGCAACGACAGUUCCAACAGAAUGUUAAAGUUUCUUCUUUGGAAAAGUCAUAUAAUAGCAGCAAUAGAGCUAGCCAGUUUCAACACCCAUCUUCAGCUACCAAGGGUGGUGCAAUGGCAGGUGAGAUAGGUGGUGUAGCUGUCACCUCUGCUGACGGAUUCAAAGAUUGGGAUAAGAAUAUCAAUUGUUUCAAUCAGUCGGUUCAUACCAUUUGUAUUCCAAAUGAAACCGAUGGUAAUGAUGUUUCGGAAUGGAGUUCAUCAGAUAUCUCACAAAUCAUGGUUGAACUAUGCAAUGGUAUUCAUCAGUAUGGUACCAUUCCAUUCUUUUCAUUGCAUUUCAAUCAAGAUGGAAGUAUGUACACUGUUCUACACCCAGCCUACCAUAAUACUCUUGUUGGAAAGGUCAUCUUAAUCCUCGAUUACUAUAUGAAAGGAUUUAUCAAUGGUGGAUUCCUACAGGAGGAAUAUGCUAUGCGAUGGAGUGAAAAAACAAGAACACUUGAUCCAAAUGCAUUGAAAAACCACAUGGUCGAUAUCAAAGAGGAAAUCACCAAUGGUUCGUGGAAGAACAUCAAAGGUCUGGAGGACUAUAAAUCACUUAGAGAGCGUGCCUUUGAAAUGGGAUUAGAAGGUGAGAAUGGACUGCGUGAAUUGGAAAUGAAAUUCAAGGAAAUGGUGGCAAACGAAAGUUCUGGUUCCGGUGAUGUAGAUAUUGCCCUGCAAAUGCUACUGAAUGCCACUGAGAAUUUGAACAAAGUAUCAGGUUUAAAGUAUCAGACUUCAUUCAGAAUACUUGCAUCAGAAAGAUCGGCCAGUUGUGUUGAUGGUGUGUUUAUGGUUGAUGGUGAUUUUGAGGUCAAAUACACAAUCGAGCCAACACCCGCCUAUCAAGAGUACUUAGAUGCCUAUUUGACAUACUUUGGAUCACUACCAAUCGAGCACCAAUUACAAGAGGAGUUGUACAAAGAAGCAGCUCAAGCUAUCCAUGAUCAAAUGCCAUUGCUUCCACCAUGCAAACGAUACUUCCGACUUCUCAAACAUAUAUCGUUUUUAUCAUCUUAUAUCUCUACAUUGAUGGGUUGUGGACAAACUCCAGACGUAGUCUCUUUGACAGACAACCAUGCACCAGUUGACCAAACUCCAAACUUACUUCCUCCACUACCAGUUCGAUACUAUGAACCUGUGAAUUUAACAUUAACAGUAUCAGAAAUCAUCACUACCAUGGAAAGGAACAAGCCUUUAAUCACUAAAUUCCAUGGAUAUCUAAACUCUUUGUUUAGAGCUACUACAAGAGAUGGUGAUACAUUAAACAAAUAUUCCGAACUUCAAAGUGAAAUUCGUUCAACCAUAAACAAUAUACUCCGAAAUAAAUUGUCGAAUCUCGGUGUCAAUGGUGGUAAUCUCAAUUCUUCCAUUCAGAGGCUAGCUAGUGGAUUCCUACAGUUGAUUUCUAUGAUUGUUGGAACCAACUCAACCCAAGUCUACACCACACUGGUGAAAGAUGUCAUGAAACCAAUGAUCCAAUUGUUGGAACGUUACAAUGAAGUUGCAGCCAACUACCAAGCGCCAUGGCCAAGAUUAGAAGAGAUUGAGAACGAUCCAAAUGUGGUAGAAGCUUUCCAAGCUAAACUAAAGGACUAUGCCAUCUCGCUUGAAGACUUGAAAAUCAGUGCCAUGCUCAUUCUCGAGUCUUGCAAAAAUCAUAUUUUAAAGGAUUUUUGUAGCGGAUGCAAAGGUGAUAUAAAGACACACAAAGUCAAUGUCAAAAUUGAAAACUCAGAGUGCAGAAAUGAAUAUGUCAAUUCAUUGUUGGCUCAAUUCCGUUCAAUGAUUGACCAAUUAAGGUUGAAAUAUCAAAGUGAGGGUUUCUUUACCAAAAUAUUUUCCAAUACAUCUGCUGAAUUAAACAGAGUAAAGCAAAUGUAUGAUAGAAUAUCACAUGGUUAUUGUGAUAUCAUAAAUGAAGUCAUUAGAGUCACACUUCCAGAAUGGGAAUUAGCUGUUGCCGAGAAGCUACAGGUAUUGGCUCCUGUAACCGAAGCUACCAAAGAGUUUUUCGAUGAUAAUCUUAUAAACUAUGGAAAGUCGACAACAACACUGCUACGAGAAAGAAUUGGAGAUAUGGAUAUUUUGAAAAUGGUUGGAGAAACCAGAAACGAUAAGAUGUUUGAUCUUAUUUCUAAGAGUUCAUCAAAGACAUCUGACAGAUUUGCCAAUUUCCUCAAUAAAUUGAGCUCACUAGGUUCUAGAAUGAAUUCAAUUGUAUCUAUGUUGACAGGCGAAGGAAACGGACUUGGAUUUCUUCCAGUUUCAAAGUUGGUUGUUCCAGACAAGAACUAUUUAGAUAACAAGCAGCAUCAAAGAGUCUGGGGAGGAUGUGGUUUGGUUUUAGCUCCUUUGGAAAUCCAAUCGACAUUCCCUUCCAAAACAGAAGCACAAUCUGCCAGUUUUGCUAUCAAUAUUAAACAAUUCACUCAUGACAAACUUUGUCAAUUGGUACAUUUUACUGAUGGUUCAAUGUCAUACUCUGCAUUUUCAUUUAAUGUUUGCCAGAUAGAUCAGUACAAUGAAGAUAUUGAUGAAGAUGAAUUUGAAGAAGAUCUUCAAAUCAAUACUUCUCGACUUGAUACUUCCAUUCUUGCAGAGACUGAAAUUCCAAUUGAUGAAAAGUAUCUUAUCGAUCAACUGACCAAGUACAAACAUAAACUAUUUGAAUUGGAUCAGUUUGGAAAUUCAUUAUUGAAUUUGGCUUCUGCAGGAGGUAGAUCAACCCUCAUCAAACCACUCAUUCAUUUGAUGGGAUCCAAGUAUUUGGAGCAUAAGAAUACCUACGGAUUGACUCCACUUGCAACCGCUGUUAUAUCUAAUCAUUAUUCAACUGUUAAAGUUCUUCUUGAAUUUGGAGCAGAUCCAAAUACUGAAUCAAAUAAUAUGAUGUUCCCACUUUUAUCAUCGAUUUUGGAAUGUCAUAGUGAUAUUGCAAAUUUACUGGUAAACUAUUGUAAGCUUGACAAACAAUGGCAAGAAGGUGACACUGCUUUACAUGUUGCUUUGACUACCGGUCAAAUGGAUGUUGCGAUAAACCUACUUUCCAGAGGUGCAUCAACUAAUAUCGCUCGUAAGAGUGACUUAUUCACAGUUGUUGAGGUCGUUUCUCAACUAGCUCUGAACGAUAUUAUCAAAGAGAUUCCAUUAGUUAAAGAUCGUUUGUUACCUUCUCAAGGUACAGCGCUUCAUGUUGCUGUAGAGAAUAACUCUUUUGAAAUAGUACAGUUUCUGUUGAGUCAAGGUUGGUCUGCUUCGAUCCAACAAUUAAAUGGUAAUACUCCAUUAAUUUUGGCAUUGGAUAAAUGUUAUUCAGAGAUUGCCAAUCUAUUACUUUCGCAUGGUGGAGAUCAUUGCAAUGUAAAUCCAUUGCCACCACCCACAAAGCAAGAAAGAGCACUUCCAACCUUCAAACAUACUCAAUGUGUUGUCGCAAACCACAGAGUCUAUAUCAACUCUAAGAAACAAACAGCAACUAUGAUAGCAAUUUCCAAGGGUUACACCGACAUUGCUUGGAAUUUAAUAUCAAUUGGUAAAGAAUCAUGGAAGCACAAGGAUCAUGAUGGCUACACACUUCUUGAUUAUAUCAUUCUCUACGGAGAAUCAUCUCUAUUAGAGAAAGUUUUGAAUUCCAUUGGUAGCUUAAAUGUUGAUGGAUUUUUACCAAACAAUAGGCUAUCAUACCUUGCAUGGGCAUUGAUGCAAAAGAAGAUUGAACUCGCUGAUGUUCUCUUGAAAAUGGAUGCAAAAUAUAUUCACCCAGAUCCACAAUGGACGAUUGGUGCAAUGGCUGUUCGUUCUAAUCAUGUAGGAUUGCUCUAUAAGCUUAUUGAACCAACCUUUUCUCUAUUCAAGAAUGGAACAACAUUUGACAUUGAAAAAUUGGUUUAUGAAAAUAGUUUAUUGGAGAUAUCCGCUGAAAACGGCAGUACUGAAUGUGCUCAAUUAUUAUUCAAUCAAAAGAAAUUGAAGAAUAUUGACACCAAGUCUAUAUUGUGCAAUUCAAAGGGAACUGAGCUGAUGUAUUAUGCUAUCUCUGGACGAUCUCAACGACUCAUUGAAAUUGUACUUAGAUGGUAUGACGAUCUCAAUAUCCCACUCAAUCAGAAUGGUGAUUCAAUAAUCAGCUUGCUGAUUUCCACCGAACAACUUUCACUUCUACCUCUUUUCCAGAAUCGAGGAUUAAAGUUAAAUCACUUUGGAAUUGGAGUUGUUGAAAGUGCUGUUCGUUUGGAUAUGUCUGAAUCCAUCUAUACUUUUAUUAAGGAAUCCAAUCUUGAACUCUUGAAAUCCCAACAAGAACCUCUUGGUCAUCUUUUUUAUUACAAUCUGGGUUUAAGAGCUUACGAUAAUCAGUCCAAGAAAGUUCUAAAGAAAUUUUCAGAUGAAAUAUCUUUAGCAUUCAAACACGUCGAUGGUACUUCAUCUGAUUUCACCAUUCUUACAAUGAACACUGCAGAACCACUUCUACUUAAACUCAUCAAUAGAUAUAGUGAAGAGGAUAUUGAAAUGAUUUCAAAACUAUUCAAAAUUCCUAAUUUAACUGAUGAAACUUUAGUUGAAGCGCUCUACCAAACAUUGAAGUUUGAUAAUCGUGCACUGCUGUCUCUUUUCCCUCCAUUUAAUCUAUCGAAAAAGUAUAAGUUCUUUGAAAACCAAGCACCUAUUUCGAUCUAUCAAUUAUUCUCGACAUUGAAUGCUGUGAAUUGCUGGAAACUAUUAAAGAACCAACCAAAAGAUAUAGUUCCUCCAAAGCAAAUAGAAAAUAAUCCUUCAGUUUUGAAGAAUCUUCAAGAGAAUUUAGAUCUAAGUGAUGAUACAUUAGUUCUCAACUCGCUCAAGCAACUUAAAGGACUAAACAAGAUAACCUUGACUGAUAGAAAUCUACCAUUAUUACAUACGGUAUUUUUUAGUGGUUGUCCAUUAUCAUUCAAGUAUUGUUUAGAACAAGGUUGUGAUCCAUUAGCAAUUCAUUCCCAAUUCAAUAUUCUUUUUACUCUGGCAAGAGAUCCUUCGAAACUUGGUCUAUUGUUGAGUAUUCUUGAGAAGAACUACAAUACAGAGCAGUUGGACUAUUUAUUCAAUCAAAAGAUUGAAACAAUGGGUAUCACAAUUUCACAUUUUGAUUUACUCUUAACUCUCAUUCCACCAAAUGCACUUAGAGAAGCAUUCCAAUCUUGUAAAAUGUCAUCUGACAAUCACUCUAAACUGGUCAUCAAGUUUUCCAACACGCUUGGAGUGGUAAUUGACGAGGUUCAAAUCUGUAAGGAAAUGAAAGAUCAGAAAACAGAUAAGAAAUCAGUAUUCCAACAUCUAACAUCCUCCAAUAGAAAGCUACCAAGAGAUAAGAAAUUCAUUGCUCCUGAAUACUUAGUAAAACCUACUCUCAAAGUCCAGGAAUCAUUAUUACAUACUGCGUGUAAUGCAGCUCCAUCUUUUAUUUUGGAAUGGUUCCCCUCUGAUCUGAAAGAACUUAAGAUCCAGGAUCAAACUGAUCUAGUUCAACUUGAGAGAGUAUAUCAUCACUCAGCAAUGUUAAAUCUGAUUAACAGCCGUGAUAAAGGAGGUUGCACACCUUUGAUGAAAGCAUGCCAGAUUGGUGAAAAUCAAGUUGUCAAACGUCUACUACAAUAUGGAGCUGACACCUCUUUGGUAGAUAACCAAGGAAACAGUGUAUUUAUCCAUUCUCUUAGUGAUGCAAAUCCCAAUCCAAACUUGACCUGCAGUAUUUUGUUACCAUAUUCAACAUCGACACUAUCAAUUGCAAACCACCGAGGCAUACUUCCAAUUUCAUUUAUGGCGGGUCUAGGUCUUUCAAACUUGGUUUCACAGUUGCUUAUGAAAGGUGGUUAUGUAGAUCAAGAUGGAAAAUACAAUCAUAAAUCAUUGAAUCAAUCAGUUUCAUAA